CAUUGUCACAACAAUUGUCGACCAAAUUUAUAUAUAUUAUAUACAAUUUUUGUAUACGUUUUCGGAUAACGGAUUACGUUUCGGAUCUAAAAAGUUUAGCCAAAUGAUUGGAUAGCAUCCACUGCACACUCGCAACAUAAUUCAUUUACAGAGUACACGCAGAGAGUACAGUCCGGUGAGUCCAGAGAGUCCAGAGUGUCCAGAGAGUCCAGAGAGUCUGCUGAGUGCUGCUUGGAUCAUGUGCUGCUGCAUUUCCACCCACAAGCUCAAGCUGCUGGUCGUUUGCCUGACGCUCCUCGUGCAGAUUGAUGGCGAGCUAAAGGCCGCCAAUAAUAGCACACUGCUUCUGUACUACAGUAAGACAAAAUUUCUUGGAUAUCUGGUAAUCCGCGUCUGCCUGGGCAUCUUUCUGGCCGUUUGGGCCUUCGCUGGCUUCAUAUCGCUGUUCUAUGAUUCCGUUUGGGGUGUGGCCGCUUACUCCACUGGCAUCUGUUUCCUGACCCUUUUGGAUCUUUUUACGCUGUACUAUCGCUAUGUGUUGCGUAAUCAGGGUUAUUCGGAUACCGUGCGAUUGGAACGGCGUAGCAGAUGGUCGCGUGGCCCGGCAAGUUAUGAAACUUUAGAUGAGGGCAUUGGCGAUUCUAUGCUUUUGGUUAUCAACAUUGUUCAGGUAGCCAUUCAAGUUUCUGUCAAUAUUGCCGGCUGGUGGCUGGCCGUUCGACUGCGCCGACACCACCAGAACGAGGUCAAGUACGAGAAUGACAAGGCCUAUCUGGAGGCCCUGCUCAAAACGUAUCCGCCGCAUCCGACGCAUCCGACGCAUCAAUCGAAUGCGCCGGCACAGCAACAUCGGCCCUCAGAAAGCCACGAAAAGCCACCAAAGAACGGCAAAAACAAAUGAGAAGACUCAAGACCUCGGAUUCCACUUGCAGCAGCAGGCGCCUGCCUCUUCAACGCAAGUAUCUUAUAGAAUUAGGCGUGGAGGCUGGCAAAAGAUUCGUUCAUUGAAAUUAUUAUAAUGCUGCCUGCUUGAGGCGGGCCACUG